AUUAAACAAGAACGUGAUGUCUUACAGAACGAACGAAAUCGUCUAAUCCUUCAGAAAGACAAAUUGGAAACUCUUUGUCGCGAGCUCCAGAAACAAAACAAAAUAAUUCAGGAAGAAAGUUUGGCUCGGGUUCGUGCAGAAGACGAGAAGCGUCGUGAAGUGGCGGAUCAUUUUCAAACCAGUAUCACAUCAAUUCAAACCCAACUGAAUGAAUAUCAGAGUCNACUGCGAAAGGAAAAUCAGGAUUUGGCUGAUAAACUGGGCGAUUUUAUCAAGCAACAUGAGAAACGAGAGGAGCACAUGCAAAAGGUCAUGCAAACGCGGGAAUUGGAAGUCAAAUUAGCCGAGGCGAAAGCAAAUAAAAUCCAGUGUCAGCUGGAUCAAGAGCGUGUGAAAGGGCAACAACAGUUGAUCCGAAUGGAAGAAGAAUCCAAACUGAUGAAAGAGCGUAUGGAAAUGCACACUAAUUUGGAAAACAAACUAAAAGAACAAAUUGAGUUCUACAAAACCAAAUACAAAAGUUUCAACAAAACCGUCGCUGAUAACAAUCGUUUGUUUGACAAUGCUAAAGAAGAAAUGGAAAAACUGAGCUACGAGGCCACACCGAUAGUACUUGCCUUAGAAGCUCAUUCGGUGGAGUCCGGUGAAUUCUAA